CUCGUAUCUCGACUUGAUAAAAACUUGCAAUUGCAACUUACGAAACAAACAUUUAAGUUUCUGUCAGUAGGUUUCGAACAUGGUUACCUCAAACAUUAUGGUGUUCAUGUUAAUCAUAACUAGUGUUUUUGCUCUCACCACGGGCGACUUGAUACACGUUAUUGUUAAAGAAGGAAGUUUCUCGGAUACAAUGACCGUCUCUUUGAAUUCAACUACCAGACGAAUCUUCGUUUUUACUGCGGUAUCAAGUAAUCCUUUCGCCACACACGUUUGGGCAAACGAAACUAAUCAUAAUGCAUCAAAAGAGCAUCCAGUGGUAAUAGUGGUGGAACAAGACCAAGAUAUUUUGGAGUGGUCGAUUCCCCUGAUUAUGGAAACACACCGUAGUAGCGGUUCUGUACUUUUUAAUGACACUUGUAGGACGCUUUGCAACAGCAAUUUGCUAUCAGGGAAUUUUAAUGGAGUACAAAACUUUACCGUAAGUUUGUCGACAUCUUCGCCCGAUAACGUAACUGUCAACCUUAAAGUGGUUGAAAAAACAGAAUUUUAUUUGGCAACCAACCAGUCUCGUAAUAUAUCGACAAUAGCGCCUGGCAGACCCCAGCAGUUUCUGUACAAACCGAAUGGUACUAAAAAUGUUGGAAUCGAAAUAAAGUUUACUUCUAACCAAAAUACAUGUUUUACGGCAGCUAUUCAAAAGAUAAAAUGUCCUGUUUACCUUUUGGGUGAAUUGUUCUUUCUUGAUGGAAUACGCCAAACCAUAAUAUCAAAUGGUACCAUAAGGGUUAACGGCGGAAAUUUUGCCAACGGAUUUAUUCUUGUCUUUGUGCAAGAAGAAACAUAUUAUCUGUGUAAAACAGAAAAUCGAGAAAGAGCCAUCUAUGAUGACCUUCCCGUAGUUACAAUUGAGAUAAAAGAAACUUUUACUCACGACGAAUAUAUCUACAUUCCUUUAAUAGUUUUUAGCUGUAUUGCAGCUUUCUGCAUCGUUCAUUGCUUCGUUUUUUACUACUUGGAAAAGCAACAACAGUCAAAACUGCUUUCAAACAACAACACCGAUUCCGAUCAUCACCAAGUCGAAAAUAAAGUGUAUGAAGAAACAAAUAGAAGCACUGGAAACAACAACAUCUAUCCCGAAGAACAAAACAAUCAAACCGAUCGUCACCAAGACGAAAAUGAAAUCGUUGAAGAAACAAAUAGAGACCACGAAAACAACGCCAUCAAUACCGAAAUUGAAAAUGAUCAACGCGCAAACAAAAAGUUUUGGAAAACUGUAGAUGAACUCUGCAAAAAUUUUAAAGAAAACAAAGAAAAGGCACAUAGUUAUUUUUCGCAUGUUACCAAUAUUGCAAUUUUCUAUGGAAUUCCAGUUGUACAGUUAGCAGCUAACUACCAGAAGAGUCUAAAUGAGACAGGGGAUGAAGAUAUUUGUUACUACAAUUUUGGGUGCGCAAACCCUUUCUGGAUUCUAUCCGAUUUUAACCAUGUGCAGUCAAACAUUGGCUACGUUCUCCUAGGAAUUUCCUUCAUGGUAAUAGUAUAUCUUCGCCAAAGAAUACGAGGUGAACAACAGAAGGGUAUUCCAGUUUAUUAUGGAACAGAUUAUGCCAUGCCGGUAGUUUUAAUUAGUGAGGGCAUCUUGUCUGCAUGUUACCACAUUUGUCCAACUCAAAAGAAUUUUCAAUUUGAUGUCACUUUUAUGUAUAUAAUGAGUAUUCUCUGCGUUUUAAAACUCUACCAAAAGCGCCACUCUGACAUAACAUUGUCGGCUUAUUGGACUUUUGCCAUCCUUGGUUGUAUUGAACUAAUCGCUGUUCUUGGAAUGAUUUUUGAGAAAAGUCAAAAUUAUAUGAUGUGGUUUCUGGUGAUUGCUUAUAUAUUGUGGAUCUACUUCACAGCAUCGAAAAUUUUUUACCUUCGCAGCGGUUUAACAAAAUUAAAAGAAUGGAUAAUGUCUAUAAUUAGAGAGUCGUCCUAUACACAGAUAAACGAAAUUGCAGAACGACCAAAAAGACUGUUUUGGACUAUUGUGGUAUUUGCCAAUGCACUUAGUCUCGUUGUACUAAUAGGUGCAAUUGUACUUUUUGAUGUUUACAAAAUAUUAGAUUUUGGUACUUUUCUCCUUAUGCUGCUAAUGGGCAAUGCAGUUUUAUACUCGAUCUUUUAUUUGUUUAUGAAGAUUUGUAUUCAUAAAGAAGGAAUUUCCUUACAAGCGGGGAUUUAUUCUGUUCUGAGUCUAGUUCUUUGGGGCUUGGCCCUGUACUUCUUUUUCGAUAAAAGCACCUACAUGACUUCAAGUCCUGCUGACUCUCGCUCCUACAAUCAUGAAUGUUAUGUCGGGAACUUCUACGACAAACACGAUAUCUGGCAUUUCACCAGCGCUGUGGCUAUUUACUUCACAUUUAUGUUUCUCUUGUGUUUAGAUGACAAUAUUGCUGACAAAGAUCGAAAAGAGAUAUAUGUAUUCUAAUACAACUAUAGACGCUUUAAAUUGUCAAUAAAAUUGAUUAUUGUAGCA